AUGGAGAAACUAAUGAGGCAAAUCAUGUUCUGUGGUUUAUUCAAUGCUCUUCUUUUGCUUUUAGCUGCAUGCCCAGCAACAUGUCAAGAAGUUGAGGAUGAGAGCGAGUUCAGUUAUGUACCAGGAAGCGAUAAUGGACCGGAGCGCUGGGGAGAGAUUCAUCCAGACUGGAGCAUGUGUAACAAUGGAACCAUGCAGUCUCCUAUUGAUCUGCUGCAUGAGAGAGUUGAGAUAGUUUCUCACUUGGGAAGACUUAAGCGGGAUUACAAACCCUCUAAUGCAAUUCUUAUAAAUAGAGGCCAUGAUAUGAUGUUGAGAUGGGAAAGUGGUGGAGGACACAUCUACAUAAAUGAAACUCAGUACACACUCAACCAGUGCCAUUGGCACUCACCUUCUGAACACACCAUCAAUGGCCGGAGAUAUGAUCUAGAAGUUCACUUGGUUCAUGAGAGCAUGGACGGUAGGACUGCUGUGUUUGGAAUCAUGUAUAAGAUUGGACGGCCUGAUUCCUUCUUGUCGAUGAUGGGGAAAGAUUUAAAAGCCCUUGCUGAUAUCAGAGGAGUGGAGAGGGUGAUGGGGAAAGAUUUAAAAGGCCUUGCUGAUAUCAGAGGAGUGGAGAGGGUGGUGGGUACAAUUGACCCAAGGCAAAUAAAGUUGGGGAGUAGAAAGUAUUACAGGUACAUUGGGUCCCUUACAGUUCCUCCUUGCACUGAAAACAUUGCCUGGACCAUGCUGAGAAAGGUCAGAACUGCUAGCAGAGAACAAGUGAGACUAAUUCGUCGAGCUGUUCACGACGACUCAGAAACUAAUGCAAGACCCAUACAACCAAUAAAUCAGCGCACAGUAACGCUAUACUGGCCAACAGAUCGUCAAGGAAAUUGA